GUAAAGAAUAUAGCUUCAAAAUAACAUCAACAUGCGCUUCGCACUCAUCGUAUUACUCGCUUGUUCCUUGGCCCUUGCCGAGGCCGGCACCUGGAAGCAAUCACAGGACUACACCAUGGAUGACCUAGAUAGGAGCCCGAAAUGGUUGGACAGUUCUUCCGACGCCUGGCCCCAGGAUGUGACCGGCUAUCCCGAAUCCAAUUGGCUAAUUCACAAAGUGGAGAAGCGCAUGGAACGCCUGCAUAACACCAACGAGCAAAUACGAACACGGAUCAUCGACUAUGUUUCCGAGCAACUAAGACGCUGCAAAUCCGGCAACAUUAUGGACGAACAUUGCGUCAGACGUUCCGUUGGCUAUGCCAUGUCCUUCAUUAAUAACCAGGAACGUCAAGCUUUAUAAACCAUUUCAAAUAUAUAUACAUAUAUAAAUAUAUAUACAUACAUACAUAAAUACAUCAAAAUAAAUGAAAUUAAAAUAAACUGAACCCAA